CUUUCUCUCUCUUAAUCCAUUUGCUGUUAUUGACUCAUGAAUUUUACACAUUUCUCAGAUCUAUACCAAUUAACACCUCUCUUCUUCUUCUUCUUCUUCUUCUUAUUUCUUCUCCUUUCUUCUUCUUCUUCCAUUAUUUCUUUCACACCUGCUGACAACUUGGACUAUAUUUUUAAUAUUUAUUAAAAAUCUUACUAUUACACUUGUUUCUCUUUAGAUUAUAACUAUUUUGUUGCACCUCUUCUUCUUCUCUUCUCUCAUCAUUAGUCCCAUUUCCCAGAAUUCAGAUUCAAUCAUUCAAGUGUUUUCCUUAUAUCUAAUGGGAUUUUUAUGUUGGAUUGAGAAAAUUUGUUUAAGAAAUUUUGUAUAUCCUGUGAAGAAGAGUGCUCAAGUUAUGCCAAAAUUUAAUUGAAUUGGAACAAGCUAAGGGUUUCAAGAAUUCUGAAGAACAGCAUAAUGGAAGAUCAAAUAUUUGUAGAUGAUCAUAUGGAAGUUGAGGAAGCCUUAGUUCCGAUGUGGCCAGAAGGUGUAAAUGUAGCUGGAAGUCAAUUUAAUGUAGAUAGGCCAAGGGAAGAUCAAGAUACGUUGAAAGAUGUUGCAAUCAAUGCUGCAGAACCACAAGAAAUUGAUUUGGAUCAUCUUCAUGAUAUGACAAAUCAUAGUGAUAAGGGUUCUUCUCAAUUGGCUUAUCUGGUGAAGAAUUGGGAGUAUAAGCAAGCGAAUGCUGUUCGACUUCUUAGAGAAGAGCUUGAUCGUCUUAGCAAGCAAAGAGAAGAGGUUGAGCUUAAGAGAUUGGAGAUAUUGGAGGAACAUCGUUUCGAGGAAAACCCAGUUGGGAAUGAUAGGCAUCCUGUUUCGGAAUUGGAAGACUUGUAUAAUUUCUAUCAAGUUGUUCCUAAGAAAAAACGCGAUUCGCCUCUUGAGAGUAAAGGGCUUGAAAUAGAUGCUGAAUAUGAUACAGUUGUGUAUUGGAAACAAAGGGCUAUGAUCCUUGAGAAAUUGUUGCAGGAAAGUAGGCAAAGAGAGGAAAUUCUGUUGGAGAAGUUGGAUGAUAGUAUUAAGAAUAUGGAAAAACAGUCCACACCUGUGGAAGAAUUGUCACAUAUGCUCAAACGAGCUGAUAACUUCAUACAUUUCAUUCUUCAGAAUGCACCUAUUGUUCUUGGUCAUAUGGAUAAGGAGUUGCGAUAUCGUUUUAUCUACAAUCACUAUCCAAGUUUCAAAGAGGAGGACAUUAUAGGGAAAACAGAUACUGAUAUCUUUUCUGGCGCGGGAGUGAAAGAGUCUCUAGACUUCAAACGAGAAGUCUUAGAACGUGGAUUAGCUGGAAAGAGAGAAAUAACAUUUGAGACUGAGCUUUUUGGGUCGAAAACAUUCUUGAUAUAUGUAGAACCGGUGUUCAAUAAGGCCGGAGAAACCAUUGGUGUCAAUUACAUUGGAAUGGACAUUACUGAUCAGGUCAGGAAAAGAGAAAAGAUGGCAAAGCUCCGAGAGGAGAUAGCUGUACAAAAGGCCAUGGAGACCGAGCUGAAUAAGACUAUACAUAUAACAGAGGAAACCAUGAGAGCUAAACAAAUGCUGGCUACCAUGUCUCAUGAGAUAAGAUCACCAUUGUCUGGGGUUGUUAGCAUGGCGGAAGUUCUAGCCACUACUAGACUGGAUAAGGAACAACGGCAAUUGUUAGAUGUAAUGAUUUCUUCUGGAGACUUAGUCCUCCAACUCAUUAAUGACAUCCUUGAUCUCUCCAAGGUUGAGUCAGGUGUGAUGAAGCUGGAAGCUACUAAGUUCCGACCAAGAGAAGUUGUAAAGCACGUACUACAGACAGCUGCAGCAUCUUUGAAGAAAAUGUUGACAUUGGAAGGAUAUAUAGCAGAUGAUGUACCUUUAGAGGUGGUUGGCGAUGUUCUCAGGAUUCGACAAAUUCUCACCAAUUUGGUUAGCAAUGCCAUUAAAUUCACACAUGAAGGUAAAGUUGGCAUACGGCUUUAUUUAGUACCGGCUCCAUAUUCUGGAGAGGAAGAUCACAGUUCUGUGACUUCUGUCAAUACUCACAGUGGGACCAAAGGAAAGGGCGAUUCUGGUGAGUCAUAUGAGAAUCCUCCUUAUGAAACUCAUAACAACUGGAAUGAGCCAAACACACCUGUCAAGGUAGAAGAACAUUCAUCAAAAGAUGAAGAGAGGCUUCCUAUUAGUUCGCCAUCAACAGUUUGGAUACGCUGUGAUGUAUACGACACUGGCAUUGGAAUACCAGAGCAUGCUUUACCCACAUUAUUCAAAAAAUACAUGCAAGCUAGUGCUGAUCAUGCCCGAAAGUAUGGUGGAACUGGACUAGGCUUAGCCAUAUGCAAACAACUGGUUGAGUUGAUGGGCGGUCAUAUGACAGUAUCUAGCAAAGAACAUGAGGGAUCGACAUUUACCUUUGUCCUCCCAUACAGGGUGUCUCCUGAAUCCGAUGACGAAUCUGAUCCUGAUGAGCUUCAAGAUGCUUCUAGUCAUCGUGAUACAGCGUCAGUUGAUGAUAACACCGCAGGAUAUUUCCAAUUCCAGCCUCGGCCAUUGAGUUCUUCUGCGCUUACUCUCCCUGGGAACCAUAAUCUCUUACAAAGUAAUUAUGGAUAUAGCAUGCUGCCCGACAUUAACCCAGUGUCUGAAAAUUUUUGUAAUACUAUUACUGCCAAAGAGUUGGAAAUUGAGCAGCCAUCAGCUGAGAGUUCUUCGCGGCACAGUACUGAAAAUACUGCUGCUGAAAUCAGUGGUAAAAAUGGUGAGUGUGUCAGAGAUGAAAAGAAUGUUGGUGAAUCCCAAAGAUCAUUGGAUAUGGAGGUUGUGGACAGUGUAAGCGGUAGUCUGGUGAAACUGACAUCAUAUGAACCCCACGAAGCACCUCAGAUGAUGCAGACCUGUCUGCAGAGUACUACAAGCAGCAAGCCGGAAGUAAACAGGACAGAGGAAAAACCGAAAAUUCUUCUAGUAGAAGAUAACAAGAUCAAUGUGAUGGUGACGACAUCAAUGAUGAAACAAUUGGGUCACAGCAUAGACGUUGUGAAUAACGGAAUUGAAGCCAUACGUGCUGUUCAGAGUCGCCCUUAUGACCUUGUUUUGAUGGAUGUAUGCAUGCCAGUGAUGGACGGACUUCAGGCUACACGAAUAAUUCGUUCUUAUGAGGAGACUGGCAAUUGGGAUGCUGCUGCAGAGGCAGGAAUCGAUCAACCGAUGCAUGCUCAAGAUUCACCAUUGAACUUCCAUGAUCCAUCUAAACGGAUUCCAAUUAUUGCGAUGACAGCAAAUGCAUUAUCAGAGAGUGCAGACGAGUGCUAUGCAAAUGGUAUGGAUUCAUUCGUGUCAAAGCCAGUUACAUUCCAAAAGUUAAAAGAGUGCCUUCAGCAGUAUUUACCCUGACAACCUUGUAAAUUCAUAGUACAUCUGUACAAAAGUAAAAAAUCGCUUAUUUUAGGGAAGUUUUGUAACCAAAUGUAUCAUACUUUUAGGAAUGAGCAUCUUCUGUAAAGUUUUUUUUUUGUCCAUUCUUUCACAGAUGAAAAAAAAAAAUUAAAAGUUUGCAGCAAAGCUGAAUAAGUCGUUUGCAAUUUCGCAUCAAUAUGAGUUUUAUAAAAUAAUAUCAGAACGACGCAAAAUUCUAUUGCCAGCAGUAGUCAAAAAAGAAUGAGCUCAACAACUCUGUAUUAACAUCAGCUCAUCAAAUCCGUUCAGCAACUUGUCGACAGAUAUCUGCAUAGCUGCAAAAACAGACCCAACAAAGACCAAACUAGAACAACAGGAAACAUAAACAAAAGAAGCCAGCAACAUUUGCGGAUUGAAAGGCACAGUAGAGAGCCAGAAGAACAACCAACAACGAACAAACACCCGGGCUAACUGCCUAGCCAAGAUGUAUAUGUGCUCGUAUAAGAAUGCUAUUUCUAAAGUACCGAUAUAGAUUGUUGUAUAAAUGACUUA